AUGGCGCCCAUCGCCACUUCGGAGCUGUCCGACGUGAGUCGCCUGGCGGCCCUAACCGCCGACUUCGACGACAACCUCACUUUCUAUCUUAACGGAACUCGAGUUGUUCUUGAGGAUGUUGACCCUGAGAUCACGCUCCUCGACUAUUUGCGGGGAAUCGGCUUAACCGGCACAAAACUUCAGUGUGGUUUCUGCACGCCCGGUAUCGUCAUGAGCUUGUAUGCUCUGCUCCGGAACCAUCCCGACCCCUCCCAACAUGAUAUUGAGGAGGCCUUCGACGGGAACCUGUGCCGAUGCACCGGAUAUAGACCCAUCCUUGACGCAGCCCAAAGCUUCACCGCGACGAGCAGCCCGUGCGGCAAGGCCACAGCGAAUGGAGGUAGCGGAUGCUGUAUGGAACAGCCGGGCGGCGGCGGCUGCUGCAAGGGCAAGGACCUGCCGGACCAGGGCCCUCUGAAAACGUUUACGCGGCCCGAUUUUAUAAAGUACGACCGCGACACCGAGCUCAUCUUCCCUCCUCACUUGAAAAAGUACCAGAUGAAGCCCUUGGCGUUUGGCAACAAAAGGAAGCGCUGGUGCAGGCCCGUUACCAUCGACGAGCUGCUUCAGAUCAAGAGCGCGUACCCGGCAGCCAAGAUUAUUGGCGGAAGCACCGAAACGCAAAUUGAGAUCAAGUUCAAGGCACUUCAAUACCCCGUGUCCAUAUACGUGGGCGAUAUUCCCGAGCUACGCCAAUAUCGGUUUAAUGACGACCACCUCGAAAUUGGUGGCAACAUCGCCCUUACCGAUCUCGAGGAGAUUUCCCUUGAGGCUGUGAAGCAUUACGGAAAAGCAAAAGCCCAGGUCUUUGAAGCUAUCAAUAAGCAACUCAAGUUCUUUGCUGGAAGGCAAAUCCGCAACGUCGGCACCCCGGCUGGAAACCUAGUCACCGCAUCCCCCAUCUCCGAUCUCAAUCCCGUCUUGCGGGCGGCCAACGCGACGGACCUCUCUUCCCCCGACGCCAUCAUCGCCUCCAUUCGGAUUCCGCUCAACCAGGAGCAAGGGGAAUUCUUCCGUGCGUACAAGCAGGCCAAGAGGAAGGAUGACGACAUCGCUAUCGUCACGGCUGCUCUUCGAGUACGGCUUGACGAGGACGGCAUCGUCGAGGACUGCGACCUAAUCUAUGGAGGUAUGGCGGCCAUGACCGUGGCGGCGAAGUCGGCCCAAGAGUACCUGGUGGGGAGGAAACUUGCCGAGCUCGAAACCUUGGAGGGAACCAUGAGUGCUUUGGAGUCUGACUUCAAUCUCCCAUUUGGUGUACCCGGAGGCAUGGCGUCAUACCGAAAGGCGCUAGCGAUGGGCUUCUUCUAUCGAUUUUACCACGAUAUCCUAGGCGAACUUGAAGCCAAGGUCAAGGGCGGUGUCGACACGGAAGUUGUCGAGGAACUCGAAAGAGAGAUCUCCUUUGGCGCAGUGGACGAGCUCACUGCUGCAGACUACGAGCAAGAGGUUGUUGGCAAAAAGAACCCUCAUCUCGCGGCGCUGAAGCAGACGACGGGCGAGGCGCAGUACACGGAUGAUAUCCCACCCUCAGAAACGAGCUCCUUGGAUAUCCCGGGUGUUAUCGAUUACGUUGACAAGGAUGAUCUUCCGAAUGCCAGGGCGAACCGAUGGGGAGCGCCCAACUUUGACGAGGUCUUUUUCGCGGAGGAAUACGUCUAUACUGCCGGCCAGCCCAUCGCGAUGGUGCUCGCGACGACUCCGCAAAAGGCCCAGGAAGCCGCAAGGGCGGUCAAGGUGGAGUACGAAGAGCUGCCCGCCAUUCUGUCGAUUGAAGAGGCGAUUGAGAAGAAUAGCUUGUACGACUACGAGAGGUACAUCAAGAAGGGGAAUGCGGAAGAGGCACUCAAGAAGUGCGACUACACUUUUAGCGGCACGGCGAGGAUGGGUGGCCAGGAGCACUUUUAUUUAGAGACCCAGGCGUGCUUGGUGAUCCCGAAACCAGAGGAUGGCGAACUCGAGGUCUUUUCUAGUACCCAAAACGCCAACGAGACGCAAGUCUUUGUUUCUCAAGUUUGUGGGGUCCAGUGCAACAAGGUCGUUGUCCGGAUCAAGAGACUCGGGGGUGGCUUUGGGGGCAAGGAGACUCGGUCAGUUCCCCUCAGCGCGACGGUAGCCCUGGCGGCCAAGAAGACGAAGCGGCCCGUCCGGUGCAUGCUUAGUCGAGAGGAGGACAUGGUUACGUCGGGCCAGAGGCACCCGUUUUACGCUCGCUGGACAGUGGGUGUGAACAAGGACUACAAGAUUCAGGCACUCGUGACAGAUAUUUACAACAAUGCCGGGUGGUCAUCCGAUCUAAGCAUGGCAGUCUGCGAGCGAGCCAUGACGCACUCGGACGGAUGCUACCUUAUCCCGAACGUCCACGUCCGCGGGCACCUGUGCCGGACAAAUACCAUGUCUAACACGGCCUUCCGUGGGUUUGGCGGGCCGCAGGGCAUGUUCAUCGCCGAGACGUACAUGGAAGAGAUUGCAGACCGCUUGGGUAUACCUGUGGAGAAGUUCCGCGCUAUCAACUUUUAUCAAAGGGACGACGUCACGCACUUCAACCAAACCAUCAAGGACUGGCAUGUUCCCUUGAUGUAUCAGCAGGUUUUGGACGAGUCGCAGUACGAGAAGAGACGACUGGCCGUGACUGACUUCAACAAGAAGGCCAAGUGGCGGAAGCGUGGACUAGCACUUAUCCCUACCAAGUUCGGUAUCUCGUUUACGGCUCUCUUCCUGAACCAGGCGGGUGCUCUAGUACAUAUCUAUCACGACGGAUCCAUCCUGGUUGCUCACGGUGGUAUCGAGAUGGGCCAGGGUCUGCACACAAAGAUGACACAGAUUGCCGCUCAAGCGCUCGAGGUUCCGUUGGAUACCGUCUUCAUCUCGGAGACGGCCACAAAUACGGUGGCUAACGCCUCGUCCACGGCAGCGUCUGCAUCAUCAGAUCUGAACGGCUACGCCAUAUUUAACGCCUGCGAGCAGCUGAACGAGAGGCUUGCGCCUUACCGGAAGAAGCUGGGCCCGGGGGCAACGAUGAAGGAGUUGGCCCAUGCUGCCUACUUUGACCGGGUCAACCUUUCGGCGCAAGGGUUUUACAAGACACCCGAGAUCGGGUACGUCUGGGGUGAGAACAAGGGCAAAAUGUUUUUCUACUUCACACAGGGCGUGACGGCGGCCGAGGUGGAAAUCGACACGCUGACGGGGCGUCGGCCUCUUCACGAUGGAGGAGUCGCUCUGGCUGCGCGGGGGCCGAUGGCCGGCAACCUCUUCACUCGCGGGCCCGGCACGUACAAGAUCCCCGGAUUCCGAGACAUACCGCAAGAGUUCAACGUCAGCCUCCUCAAGGGCGUGGAAUGGGAGGAGCUGAGGACGAUCCAACGAUCCAGGGGCGUGGGCGAGCCUCCGCUCUUUAUGGGCAGCGCCGUCUUCUUCGCGAUCCGCGACGCGCUCAAGGCGGCACGGGCACAGUACGGCGUCGUGCCCGCGACGGUCCGGGAUGCCGGUUGGGCGAACCAAACCGACGGCGAGGGCCGCGGUGUCAUCCGCAUCGAAGAAGGCGACGGGCUCCUAAAGCUUAGGAGCCCGGCGACGCCCGAAAGGAUCCGGCUCGCGUGCGAGGAUCCGAUUAUGAGGAGGACGAGGGUGACGCCCAAGGAUGGGGAACAGGCGUUUUUCGUGGAGAUUUAA